CACACACACACACACAUACGUAUACAUAUUACUUAUCUAUAAGUUAUCGCAACCCGGUGAAACGUGCAACGUAUUACUAACACUUCUGUGCGCAUAGAAAAUGGAAUGCGCGUGUGUGCGUGUGUGUGUGUGUGUGUGUGUGUGUAUUGAAAUGUGUGCUGUGCUACGUAUACGAGAGCUCGGUCUGCAUACUGCGGCGUUAUUAUUGGCGUUAAUUUUUCAGCCCGCGAUAUAUAGAAACACACAGAGAGCCUGUUCACCGUUGUGUCUAUUACGUGUUCGUAGUUUAGAUAAAGAGGCAAUCGGUCUGCUCGCCUGCAUCCACGUAUAUGCUGAGAGAUCAAUUUUUCACUUCCGUUCCGCCCUGUUACCGUGCUGCGGUUUUCUACAUCGAAGGAAGGAAGACGAAAAAAAAAAAAAGAAACAAAAAAAAAAAAACGAACGCAGCAGCCCGCGUUAAAAUUAAUCGACUAUAUCCGCCACGUGCAGCGGUGACACUUGUGUUUAACGUAUUUAUAACAAAGUGAUUUAAUUAUGAUCCGUUUACCGAGGCAUCUGCCGACCUUAAUUAUUCUAACAGCGGUUAGCAUGUUCGGAUUUUAUUCAUUAAGCGUCGUCCUUCGCGGCGCGGGAAACCGUAUCGUCAAAUUAUACGACAAUUAUAACGUGAACGUCGAGAGGUACGAUCGGCUUCAUGGACCGCCGAUCGAAAGUCGAGGAUACGAAUUUGAGACGAAACCGAUACCUGUUAACUGGAGGAACCUGUCCGCCGACCAGGUUCACAGUAUGUCCGCCCUUGGUAAACGAUUGCUAUCCGUCGGCGAUAUCAGCGAGGUAAAAAACGUCCCUAAAGAUCCUGCAAAGGAGUAUCUGAUAGUCGUAUGGAAGCACGGACCGUUCCUAGAGAGAAGACACCUCAAGCAUUUCACCAACGAUGCAUCAUCGCCGUGGGAAGAUUGUUCGGUAAAUAAUUGUCGACUAAGUUACGACUCGGGUGACGUCGAAGAAGCUGACGCGGUGCUCAUCCACCUCCACAAGACGACGGGGGUAAAGGAUUUGCCGGAUAAAGUUAAUCCGGAGAAAAGGAUGAAGCAACGCUGGGUUUUCCUCACCGACGAAUCACCCCUGCACACCUUCCUAGCCGGUGGCCAGAGUAUCUCGAGUUACAACGGUUUGUUCAACUGGUCCAUGAGCUAUCGGAUGGACAGCGACGUCCCCGUGCCUUACGGCCGUACGGUGAUGAUGAUCCAGCGAAACUCGAGCACCGAUACCCAGAAGUACACGAAAGCCAAGACCAAGCUGGUGGCGAUAAUGGGAAGCAACUGCGGCGGGAGCAACAAACGAUGGGAUUACGCAGCCAGGUUGAAAGUGGCACUGGCCGAGAGGAUGGACGCUUAUGGUCGCUGUCUUAAAGGUGAUACGAAAAGCUGCCCGGGACACUUUACCAAGGACUGCGAAGCCCUGGACGACUACAAGUUUUACCUCGCCUUUGAGAAUUCUAACUGCAGGGAGUACCUUACGGAGAAACCAUUCUGGCACGGAUACCAUAAGCAUGCGGUACCCGUGAUCAUGGGGGCGUCGAGGGAAAACUGCAGGCAAUUGUUACCACCGAAAUCUUACAUACACGUUGACGAUUUUGCCAAUCCGGCUACCCUAGCCGAUUAUCUCUUGUACCUGGACACCAACGACCAAGAAUAUUCAAAGUUUCACGCCUGGCGGAACCAAUUCGAUGUACUCAAUGAGCACGGAUACUUUCAGAGCACGUCUCGGCAUUAUUGCCGGCUAUGCGAAGCCCUCAAUUACAACGAUCCGAGCGUCAAGGUUUACAACCAUCUCGAAGAUUUCUGGAGCAAAACGAAAGACUGCUGGUGAUGCUUUGGAGAUGUGUUAUGUUUUUAGCUUCCUUUCUUUUGUCCACCCUUAUUUCUUAACUUAUACGUUAACUACUGCGGCCAGUUAUGUACAUGCCAAAGAAUAUUAUCGUCCUUUAGUAUGUAAGCAACGUAUUUGGCUAGGGUAUUCAACAGUCAAAUUAAAGUUAAAUUUUUUAUUACUCUAACAUUUCUUCUGUAUCUCGGGGUCUACAGUAUCAACGUUUAUGUUCUUUGGUUAUAUUAUUUUGUACAUGCCAACGAUGAGCACAACUCGAUGUAAAACGAAUUGGUGAAAAUCGUGACUUUCCAAGCAUUUGGAAUACAAAUGAUGUAUAGUUGUUAAGCGAAAUGAUGUAAUUUAAGUCAUUUUGAUGAUCAAUGGGAUGGGGAUAAAGCUCUUCAUUUUCGUCUGCGUUCAUAUUAAUAAUUGUACAAUGAAAGAAAUUGAUUCUGCAUCAGAAUCAAUCCUUUUCAAUUUUCCAAUUUAUCUGAUCGGUUCACUGCACGUACGCUUUUUCAAACUAUAUCAAUUGGUAAAAAAAAAAAAAAUUUGUCAAAUCCUCUUUCGCGGAUUUGUAAUCUCUAAAAAAUGUAUAAUUCUAAGUUAUACGAUACGUAUCGAGAACAUAUGUAUUCAUCGACGCUUCUGUGCUCGAAUAAUCGCCCGAAGCGUGCGAACCCAAAUGUAAAUAAUGACAGCAGGUACGGGUAUAUGUAUAAGAACAUGAAUUACCGAGGUCAAACUGUGCGUGUAAGAUAUGUAGAUACAAAUAUACAUUUAUGGAAAUAUAGCAGAGUCAAUAUUUAACGCAGGAUAUCUACGUAUUCAAACUUUUUACCCUGCAGGAUGUAACGAAUUGAAUUUGAAGAUCUUAUAAAGACACAAUAAGAGUGGAGAGAGAAGUCGGUUGGAUAGGAAAUUUUUGUCGGUAAGAGAAUGUCAAACAUUCAUGUCGGUACAUCGAAAUAUCAGUAAGAGGAUAUGAAAUAUAUCUAUUGGUAAGUCAAUUGUUCGUUCCAACAACGCAGGAUGUAUUAUAUAGUACCUUGAGCUGUUCGUAUACGUAUCUACAAGAAUAUGUUUCGUCAGGUCAAUGAUGCGUUCUUUUGUAGAUUUGAAAAAAAAUUUUGUACGUAGCCCAUCGAAGCUCGGCUGCGGCCCGACCGAAACGCAUAAAUAUUAAUAAAAAAUCAUUGAUCAUAA